CGACAUGUAGCUCUUUCUCUCUCUCUCGCUUCAUCGUCGUCUUCCUCCUCUUCUCUGCAUUAAUGUUUGUUUAAAAACGACGCUUCGUCUUCUUUCUCAGGGCAUAUGUAUUUCGUCGUGUAUAUAAAGAGAUUUUGACUUCGUAAUCUGAAAGCUACGUUUCUAGAGAGAGAGAGAGAUCGUUUUUUUAUUCUUUACCUAAAUCUAUACUCUGCGAUUUCGGGAGAUCGCAUAUUAGAUUCAGGCAUCUGAUUUGAAGCUUCUGGGUUUGAUUCUCUCUGCAAAUGCCAGCUUUGGGUGAGAUCCUUUCGGUUCCAGAAACUGAUAAGGGAAAGAGUAAAGACAUUAUUGACAACUCAGAGGAUGAGAAGAUUCUUCCAAGAGCUCGUGGUUCUAGAUCCUUGAAGAAGAAAGCUAUCAGAGCUUCGACCAAACUGACUCAUAGCUUGAGGAAACGAGGGAAGCGUGUAGCUGAUCAGUACGCAGCUAUUGUCAUUGAGGAUGUGAGAGAUGCAGACGAGGAGAAAGCAGUGAAUGCGUUUAGAGAAGCUUUGGUUUCUCUUGACUUGCUUCCACCUAGACAUGAUGAUUAUCAUACCAUGCUGAGAUUCUUGAAAGCGAGGAGGUUUGAUCAUGACAAAACUGUUCAUAUGUGGGAAGAGAUGCUAAAAUGGAGGAAAGAUAAUGGAGUUGAUACAAUAAUGCAGGAUUUUGUGUAUGAGGAGUACGAAGAAGUACAACAGUACUAUCCACAUGGCUACCAUGGUGUAGACAGAGGAGGCAGGCCUGUCUACAUCGAACGUCUUGGUAAAGUUGACCCAGGCAAGCUAAUGAAAGUUACUUCAUUGGAGCGUUUCUUGAGAUAUCAUGUACAAGGUUUCGAAAAGACUUUCUCUGAGAAGUUCCCAGCUUGUUCUAUCGCUGCAAAGAGACAUAUCAAUUCUUCAACAACCAUAAUAGAUGUGCAAGGAGUGAGCUGGAUGAAGUUGAGAAAACUAGCUCAGGACCUUGUGAUGCGUAUGCAGAAAAUCGAUGGGGACAACUAUCCUGAGACAUUGAAUCAGAUGUACAUCGUUAAUGCUGGAAACGGAUUCUCUAUAAUUUGGAGCACAGUGAAAGGCUUUCUCGACCCUAAAACCUCUUCUAAGAUACAUGUAUUAAAAAACAAAGAUCGAAGUCACCUUCUUGAGAUUAUAGAUCCAGGUGAGCUUCCUGAUUUUCUUGGUGGAAACUGUUCGUGUGCAAAUGAAGGUGGAUGUAUGAGAUUCAACAAGGGUCCUUGGAAUGAUCCUGAGAUAAUGAAACUUGUGCGCUUGAGAGAUGCAACGUACAAAAUAAAAGAAAUAGAGCUCCCGGAGAAUGGGGAAGUAGCUAAACUAUUUGCAUUACCGCAUGUGAAUACAGAAAUAUCGUUACCUGAUGGAGGACAAGUUAGGGUGAGAGAAUCGCAUUUUGAACAUGACACAAGUGCUCAGCUAAGCCAUCAACUUGAAGCAGUUGGUACUGGGAGAAUUGUACAGUCUGAUUCAACAAAUCAGUUGUCUAGUAAUCUGACAGAAGAAAGGGGCUUGAAGAAGUCUCUUCAGAAAGUUGCAAGCUCGUUGGCUCGUUUUAUCUUCCAACUUGUUGCAUCUCUAUGUCUCAUGUUCCGGAUCUUGGGAAGACUUGUAAAUAAGAAACCAGAGAACCAAUUGAGACCACCGGUUUUGGAUUCUCCUCCUCCUCCUCCUACUCAGUUGCUGCAGCGAAGAGAGUCUCUCCAUCCAUGUUGGCAAAGGUUGCAGAAUCUGGAGAGCAUGGUCACAGUUUUGUUUGACAAACCGACAAACAUUCCUCAGGAGAAAGAAGACAUACUUCGUGAUUCAUUAGACCGCAUCAAAGGCAUUGAGCAAGAUCUACAGAAGACAAAGAAGGCGCUCCUUUUGACCGCGUCAAAACAACUUGAACUUGCAGAGUCUUUUGAGAGCCUGAAAGAGAGCACCUCAAUGGGAAUGCGAUCGUGCUGGCCAAGACACUGCAGAAAUUUCCAAGUUGAAUAGAUAUAUAUAUAUAUAUCUCUGAAUCUCAUAUCCGAAGUCUUCCUAAGCUACUACUACUUCACAUUCCAACCAUAGUACAGAUGGGCUUACUAUAAAGUAACAAAAAUGGUAAUGGAGAGGGAAACUGAAGAGGGAAAAGCUUACAAUUGUGUACCAGUUUCUUACUGAGCUAUAACUGGAAUUAUACUUUUUUUCCAUAACGAUUCUAAUGCACAUCAUUGUUAUUAGUAUAGUAUAUAAUCCAUUUAUUGGUUGGGAACCAUUACAAUUUACAAAUACAAUUACAUUUUAUGGUAGAUAGAAAGAAACAAUAUUUAUAAUGUUGUUUAGAUCGAACGGUAUGAAUCUAAAGU